UCUGUCCGCAGUCGUCGUUGGAGUCGUAUGCUUUGCAUUUGCGUCGCUUCGCAGUUUGUCUUGUCGGGUAGUUACACAAAUAGCAAAUAUCUACUACCUAGAAUUGAAAAAAAAGUUCCUCUGCUUCAAUUGGAAAAAAUUUCACUGCAAGCAGCGACUGUUGACUGCAAUAGAAAUUAGAGAUUUUGUGCGUAAUCUCAGAGCAAAAGUCGUUGGCGGAGUUCUGUGGACGUCUCGGUGGGCAGAAGCAGCGUAAUAAACGUGCAGGUGCAAUUAAGCGGUAAACCUAUAAAUCUUCAAUUUACACGAAAAUAAAAAUAGCGCAGGAAUGGAUAAAUUGGAUACCAAUUUGGAGCAAGCAUUCGAUUUGAACCUUAUUGAGGCCGUGAAAAUGAAUCCGGUCAUAUACGACCGCUCACACUAUAACUACAAACAUUUUGUAAGGAAAGCGCAAACCUGGAAGCAGAUCGCGGAGUCACUUGGAGUGCCUGAACAAAAAUGCACGAAACGUUGGAAGAGUUUGCGUGACAAAUUUGCACGGGAAAUGAAAUUGUGUCAGGAAUCACGUUGGCGUUACUUCAAACAAAUGCAGUUUUUAGUGGAUUCUAUAAGACAAUAUAGGGAAUCUCUCCUGGGAAAAUGUAAUACUGUGCAGCAGAAUACUAAUCAAGUGACACAAGUUGACCCAAAUCAACAGCAACAACAACCGCAGCAACAAGCUGUAGUGGAUAUAUUUGCACAGCCAUUUAACGGCAGCGCCACAACAUCGGCUCAAGCACUCGCCCAUCCGCAUGAAAUUGCAGUUACAGGCGAUACUCAGUUAGCCGCCGCUAAAGAACAAAAACCAUACUUCUAUGAACCGCCGUUGAAACGUGAGCGCACCGAGGAGGAGAAUCACGACAAUAUGAUAAAUACAAUAAAGAUUUUCCAAAACUCGAUGUCACAAGCGGUUAGCGCCGAGGAUCAAUCAUUUGGAAUGGUAGUCACUGACAUGCUUAACACAUUGGGUGUAAGACAAAAGGCUGAAGCAAAGGUGCACAUCAUAAAAUAUCUUACGGACAUGCAGUUACUGGCACAACACAACAAAUAUUAGAUUGUGCACAGAAGAUUUUCGAAUAGUCAUCAUAUGUACCCAUAUAAAAUAUAGGGAUGCGGUUUACUUGCAGUUAGUGCCGUGAGGCGAAAACCCAGAAAAUAUGCAAUUAAUUUUUGUUUCGUAUUUAAAAACAUCAACAUAAUUUAAAUUACUCUUUAAACAACCUGAAGUUAAAUACAUUUCACCAAAAUAAUAACAUAAAUUUAAAACUUAUUUACAAGUGAUGUAUUGGAUUUAAUAUAUGUUUGGAAAAUUACUGAGAAAAAUGAUAAAUUCAGUUUUUAGAAAGUUAUAUAUUUUGAAGAAUUUUGUGUUAGUUACAGGAAUAGCCACACACACGUCCUUACACUACUUGAAAUGCUAUGGUUCGAAAUAGUUGUAAAUCUUCAUUGAAUUUAAUUCACUAACUAUACAAAAACAUCAUUAUACUUGAAACAAGAAUAUGAAGCGGUGGAAUUAUUGCCGAUGGCGUCUACUUCAACCUAACUUGGAUUUUUUAAGUUUAGUAGUUAAGGAUUAUUAUCGCUUAAGAGUUUAACGUAAUAUAUACACAAUAAUAUAUGAGAAUAGAAAUACUAUGUAUGCAUGUGUAUGAAUUUAUAAAUGAAAGAAUAAUUUACUUAUUUUACAAA